GAAAGAGCGAGAGGGCGAGAGGCGAGGCGAGGCGAGGCUGGCGUAGCGAGGCACCCGGGCGGGGUGCAGGAGGAGACCCGGGUCCCCGGGCUGGCUGGUCCCUGCUUGCUUGGGAGGAGGAAGAAGAAAGGCAGGGAGGAGGAGGAGGAGGGGCUGAGGCCGGGCGGUGCUUGGCCGCCGCCGUCGCUGCUGCCGCCGCUGCCGCCGCUCGGGUUUGCAGGCGGAUUGCAGAGCCCUCCUCCUCCUGCUGCUGCUCCUGCAUCCUCUCCAUCCUCGCAGCAUCAGGACCACUUUCAGCAUCCCUGCUGCAGCCAGAGCCGUCCAAGGAGCAGCACCGUUCCUGCACUGCUGCCUCGCCAUUGUCUUCUUUGCAGCGGUUGCCUGGAAGGAGGGAGGGAGGGAGGCCGCCCCUCCCCUCCCCUCCGCUCCCCUCCCCGCUCCUGCCUCCAAGCAGGCCUGGGCGUUCAACAAUGCACACCCCCGACUGAUCUCUGACGGACUCGGAGCGGUCGUCGGGGAGGCAGCUGGGCGGAUAGGCCCACCCCCAGGAGUGUCUCAGGAUCAGGACCACCGCUUUCCUUCUCCCAGGCCCACCGUGACGAAGGAUGAAGAUGUUGUGAGCGGCCCGCAAGGAGUCGCCUUUGCUGUUGCUGGCGGGGGGGACAAGGGACCCCAAAAGGGCCUUUGUCUGGGGACACCUGCAUCCUGCCACCCUUCCUCUGGAGAGGCCGCCCCCAGUCUCGGAGGGCUCCGUGCCUUUGAGGAGGAGCCGCCGCCCUGCUGCUUGAGGUCCCGGUCCAGUUCUGCCUGCCCUCCCUCCCGUCUAAUGUGGAUCUGAGGGCUGGCCGAGGGGGCGGCGUGUGCCUCGAGGAAGAGAGAGGGGCCACCAUGGCGAAGCCCGCGCACCUGCUCCCCUUGGCGUUGCUCGUGGCGUCCAUGCUGGGCCCGGGGGCAGGGGGGGCCGCCUUGGAGUUUGGGGGGGCCCCGGGCCAGUGGGCCCGCUACGCGCGGUGGGACGCCAGCUCCUCGGGGGAGCUGAGCUUCAGCCUGAAGACCAACGUCUCCCGGGCGCUGGUGCUGUACCUGGACGACGGUGGCAACUGCGACUUCCUGGAGCUGCUGAUCCUGGAGGGGCGCUUCCGCCUGCGCUUCACCAUCUCCUGCGCGGAGCCCGCCAGCCUCCACCUGGAGACGCCCGUCAACGACGACCGCUGGCACAUGCUCCUCCUGACCCGCAACUACCGCGAGACCAUGCUGGUGGUGGACGGCGAGGCCCGGGUGGCCGAGGUCAAGUCCAAGCGGCGGGACAUGGCGGUGGAGAGCGACCUCUUUGUGGGGGGCAUCCCCCCGGACGUCCGGCUCUCUGCCCUCACCCUCAGCACCGUCAAGUACGAGCUGCCCUUCUGCGGGAUGGUGGCCAACCUCAAGGUGGGCGACAUGCCCCCCGCCCUCCUGGGCAGCCAGGGCAUCCGCAGCGACACGGAGUACCUCUGCGCCAAGCAGAACCCCUGCGUCAACGGCGGGAUCUGCACCGUGGUCAACAGCGAAGUGCAGUGCGACUGCAGCCUCACCGGCUUCCAGGGCAAGUUUUGCAGCGAAGAAGAACUCACGAUGGAAGGUCCAGCUCACCUGACGUUAAACAGCCAAGUAGGGUCCCUACUGUACUCGGAAGGGGGGGCAGGGAGAGGAGCCAGUGAGGUGCACCAGACAUCAAAAGGGAAAGAGGAGUUUGUGGCAACGUUCAAAGGGAAUGAAUUCUUCUGCUACGACCUCUCACACAACCCCAUCCAGAGCAGCACCGACGAGAUCACCCUGUCCUUCCGCACCCUGCAGCGCAACGGCCUGAUGCUGCACACCGGCAAGUCGGCGGACUACGUCAACCUGUCUCUCAAGAGCGGCGCCGUCUGGCUGGUCAUCAAUCUGGGCUCGGGGGCGUUUGAGGCACUGGUGGAGCCCGUCAACGGCAAGUUCAAUGACAACAACUGGCACGACAUCCGUGUGACCAGAAACCUGCGCCAGCACGCAGGAAUUGGACACGCUAUGGUGACCAUCUCCGUGGACGGGAUCCUCACCACGACGGGCUACACGCAAGAAGACUACACCAUGCUGGGCUCGGACGACUUCUUCUACAUUGGAGGGAGCCCCAACACAGCCGACCUUCCUGGUUCCCCCGUCAGCAACAACUUCAUGGGAUGCCUCAAGGAUGUCGUCUACAAGAACAACGACUUCAAGCUGGAGCUGUCGCGGCUGGCCAAGGAAGGCGACCCCAAGAUGAAGAUCAACGGCGACCUGGUCUUCCGCUGCGAGAAUGUCGCGGCCCUCGACCCGGUCACCUUCGAAUCCCCGGAAGCUUACCUCUCCCUGCCCAAGUGGAACACCAAGAAGACGGGCUCCAUCUCCUUCGACUUCCGCACCACGGAGCCCAACGGGCUGCUGCUCUUCAGCCACGGCCGGCUGCAGCCCCCCAAGGAGGGGCGCUCCGAGCGCCUGCACAAGGCCGACUACUUCGCCAUGGAGCUGCUGGACGGGUACCUCUACCUGCUGCUGGACAUGGGCUCGGGCGGCAUCAAGAUGCGGGCCAGCAGCAAGAAGGUCAACGACGGCGAGUGGUGCCACGUGGACUUCCAGCGUGACGGGCGAAAGGGCUCCAUCUCGGUCAACAGCCGCAGCACCCCCUUCCUGGCCAGUGGGGAGAGCGAGAUCUUGGACCUGGACAGCGAGAUGUACCUGGGGGGCCUCCCCGAGAACCGCCUGGACCUCAUCCUGCCCCCGGAGGUGUGGACGGCCUUCCUCAACUACGGCUACGUGGGCUGCGUGCGGGACCUCUUCAUCGACGGCAAGAGCCGGGACGUGCGCCGCCUGGCCGAGGUGCAGAGCGUGGCCGGCGUCUCCAGCUUCUGCUCCCGGGAGACCCUCAAGCAGUGCAGCAGCUCCCCCUGCCGCAACGGAGGCCUCUGCCGCGAGGGCUGGAACCGCUUCAUCUGCGACUGCGUGGGCACUGGCUACCUGGGCCGCUUGUGCGAGAGAGAGGCCACGGUGCUGAGCUACGACGGGAGCAUGUACAUGAAGAUCAUGCUCCCGACAGUCAUGCACACCGAGGCCGAAGAUGUCUCCCUCCGCUUCAUGUCGCAGCGUGCCUACGGGUUCAUGAUGGCCACCACCUCCAAGGAGUCCGCCGACACCCUCCGCCUGGAGCUUGACGGGGGCCAGAUGAAGCUCACCGUCAACCUAGACUGUGUCAGGAUAGGCUGUAACCCCAGUAAAGGCCCCGAGACUCUUUUUGCCGGCCACAAACUCAAUGACAAUGAAUGGCACACGGUCCGUGUGCUCAGGCGGGGGAAGAACCUGCAGCUCUCCGUGGACAACGUCACCGUGGAAGCAGGGCAGAUGGCGGGCGCCCACACCCGCCUGGAGUUCCACAACAUUGAGACGGGCAUCAUGACCGAGAGGCGCUUCAUCUCCGUGGUGCCCUCCAACUUCAUUGGCCACCUGAGCAGCCUGGUCUUCAACGGCCUGCCCUACAUGGACUUGUGCAAGAACGGGGACAUCAGCUACUGCGAGCUGAACGCCCGCUUUGGCCUCCGCAGCAUCAUCGCCGACCCCGUCACCUUCAAGAGCAAAGCCAGCUACCUGGCGCUGGCCACGCUCCAAGCCUACGCCUCCAUGCACCUCUUCUUCCAGUUCAAGACCACGGCCACCGACGGGCUCAUCCUCUUCAACAGCGGCAACGGCAACGACUUCAUCGUGGUGGAGCUCGUCAAGGGGUACAUCCACUACGUCUUUGACCUGGGCAACGGGCCGUCGCUGAUGAAGGGGAACUCGGACAAGCCCGUCAACGACAACCAGUGGCACAACGUCAUCGUGUCCCGGGACACCAACAACGUGCACACGCUCAAGAUCGACUCCCGCACCGUCACACAGCACUCCAACGGCGCCCGCAACCUGGACCUCAAGGGGGAGCUGUACAUCGGAGGCCUGAGCAAAAACAUGUUCAACAACCUGCCCAAGCUGGUGGCCUCGCGGGAUGGCUUCCAGGGCUGCCUGGCCUCCGUGGACCUCAACGGCCGACUCCCAGACCUCAUCGCUGACGCCCUGCACCGGAUCGGGCAGGUUGAGAGGGGCUGUGAUGGUCCCAGCACCACCUGCACGGAGGACUCCUGCGCCAACCAGGGCGUCUGCCUUCAGCAAUGGGACGGCUACACUUGUGAUUGCACCAUGACCUCGUACGGUGGCCCAGUGUGCAACGACCCUGGCACGACGUACAUCUUUGGGAAAGGCGGGGCGCUGAUCACAUACACGUGGCCUCCCAAUGACCGCCCCAGCACGCGGGCCGACCGCCUGGCUGUAGGCUUCAGCACGCACCAGAAGAACGCCAUUCUGGUGCGGGUGGAUAGCGCCUCCGGACUUGGUGACUACUUGCAGCUGCACAUAGACCAGGGCACAGUUGGGGUCAUUUUCAACGUGGGCACGGAUGACAUCACCAUCGAGGAGAGCAACGCCAUGGUGAACGACGGCAAGUACCACGUGGUGCGCUUCACCCGGAGUGGAGGCAACGCGACGCUGCAGGUGGACAACUGGCCGAUCAAUGAGCGAUACCCCGCAGGGAACAGUGAUAAUGAGCGACUGGCGAUUGCUAGACAGAGAAUUCCGUAUCGGCUCGGUCGAGUAGUAGAUGAGUGGCUACUCGACAAAGGUCGCCAGCUGACCAUAUUUAACAGCCAGGCUGCCAUCAAGAUCGGGGGCCGGGACCAAGGCCGGCCUUUCCAGGGCCAGAUCUCCGGGCUGUACUACAACGGGCUCAAGGUCUUGUCGCUGGCCGCCGAGAGCGACCCCAACGUGAAGGUGGAGGGGAACCUGCGGCUGGUGGGCGAGGUGCCCUCCGUCAUGACCACCGAGACCACGGCCACCACCCUGCUAGCAGACAUGUCCACCACCAUCAUGGAGACCACCACCACCAUGGCCACCACCACGACGCGGCGCGGCCGCUCUCCCACCAUGCACGACGGCAUCACCCAGAACACAGAUGACCUCUUGGUGGCUUCGGCUGAGUGCCCCAGUGACGACGAAGACCUGGAGGAGUGUGAACCGAGUACUGGAGGUGAAUUAGUAUUGCCCAUAAUAACCGAAGACUCACUAGACACCCCUCCAAUUGCCACCCGGUCUCCAUUCAUCCCCCCGCCUCCCACCUUUGGCCCCUUCCUCACUGUAGUCGAAACCACCAAAGACACCCUUUCCCCGCCAUCCCAUCCGAGGCCCCCCUGCUUGGCCGACCAAGACGACAGCGACUGCGAAGAGGGGAUCGAGGCCUCCGGUUACGCCUCAGGCGAGGUCUUCGACUCCAGCCUGCCCCCUACUGACGACGAAGAUUUUUACACCACUUUCCCCCUGGUCACGGAUAGAACCCUAAUUGGCCGGCCCGAAGGAGCGUCCAAAAAAGCCCAAGGAUAUCGCCCCAACCUUAGGACAGGACUGCCGGCUUCGCCCUCCGUCCCCGACCUCUUGACCUCCACCACUUCUCCCAAUCUGGUCCGUAACAUCCCUGCCGGCAAAAUGAACAACCGGGAGCCCCUCAAGCCCCACCCAGAUCAGUACCCUCCCCUGUCCACCUCCUUUGAACCUGACAAGCUGAACAGGCUUAAGUACCCAGGUAUAACCUCUUCCCCCAAUUUCCACAAUCUGCCCACAGCUAACCCCACCGGCCCCGGGGAGAGGGGGCCCCCAGGAGCAGUGGAGGUCAUCCGGGAGUCCAGCAGCACCACCGGCAUGGUGGUCGGCAUCGUGGCGGCGGCCGCCCUCUGCAUCCUCAUCCUCCUCUAUGCCAUGUACAAAUACCGGAACCGGGACGAAGGCUCCUACCAGGUGGACCAAAGCCGGAACUACAUCAGUAACUCGGCGCAGAGCAAUGGCACAGUGGUCAAGGAAAAGCCAGCCACUGCCACCAAAACGCCCAACAAGAGCAAGAAAAACAAAGACAAGGAAUAUUAUGUCUGAGCCCCUCCCCGGCCCCCCGAUCCCUGUGUGUGCUCGAGAGACCAGCACCCAACAGACACACGCAGUGAAACCACCCAGACCUACACACACCCAAACUUUCUGGAGAGGAGAUCACCCAAAUCCAUCCUUUCCCUCCCUCAUCAAAGAGCAGCCAACUGGUGGCACCCUUCGACGCCAACCUCCAUCCUCUUUGGUUUGCUCAUUCCUGGUUGGUUGGUUUUUAAGCCCUUCCCUCGCAAAAAAAAAAAAAAAAACCACACACACAAAAACCCACAAGUAGUCAAUCAAGCCAACAAGCUCACAGGGCCUACUUCCCCCACUUCCACCCCGACCUCUUUCCGAUCCUGCAGGGUUUUUUCCUCAGGCAACCUGAGGAGAAGGGAAGAUAAAGCGGCAAAGCGCUUGCCUAAGAGUCGCCGUAGAUAUUACGUGUCGGCUCCGAUGCUCGGAAAGAAGGAUCAAGGGGGGGGAAACGGAUUUCAGAAGGUGGCCUUCCUAGGUGAGGUUGAAGCCGGGAUCUGUGUGCAUGAGAGUCACGGCCCCUCUUUGCGAGGGGCUUUGGUACUUCUUGAUGUGGGAAACAAACUGGGGUCCAGCCACUUGGCCUCAUCCCAUCCCCUCACUCUGAAACAGAGAUCCCCAGCUGGAGCCAAGCUCUUAACUCUCUGCUGAACCCUAAAUGGACUGGGGAGAGAGGAACAAAGGCCCCAAACCACAUGCCCUCUCUCGGAAGUAUCUCAAGCAAAAGGGUCUAUCCUUUCUAUCUUUUCUCCUCCCCCCCCCCCUUCGUUAAUGUGUCAGAGUCUUGGAAAUGUGUGGAAUAAAUCAAAACAAAAAGAAUUUUGAAAAGAAAUACUACUAAUUAUAACAAAGCAGGUAAUGUGGAUUUUUGCUCAUGCUGUCGGACUGGGAAUAGUCCCCUUUCCAACAGCCACCUGAUAUCCUGUCUUGUAAUAAAAGGGGGAGUCAAGUUGAGGUGGUUUUUUUCUUUUCCUUUUUGUUUUCAAGACAAAACGUUUUGACAUCCAUCGUUCAGUGCAGUUGGGAGCAGUUUUGGGGUGCAGCUGCAUUGUGCGUGGAGUCGGGGGGGUGAACCAAGUCUCUCCGGGGGGGGUUGCUUUACAGGGGUCCAAAUGAACCAUUCUUAAAUCCCUUCCCUUUUCCCCUUCACACUCCCCUGUAUCAAGGUGCUAUAUUGUGAUCUUUCUUUGUGUUAAAAGCAUGGAAAACUCAACGUUGACUUUUAAUUUCGUUUUGCUUUGUCAAAGGCGGAAAAAAGUCCACACAAAGACAUCAAAAAGUGCGUGGAGCCAAACAAGGAAAUUCCUUUGUAUUUAGCAACGAUGAAACGGUGUCCGCUUCCAAAUGGCCAGCGGAGUAGAAGGGCGUGUUUGUCCGUGUGCACGACUGUGAGGUUUUGGCUAACCUUUCCUCCCUUUCAGCAGCCUUCCUGGGUCUUCCAAAAAAAAAAAAAAAAAGACACCGAGAGGAAGCCAUAGAUAACUCUGCACAGAGAUCUAUCUAUCUAUAAAUAUAUAUAUAUACAUAGAUCUAUAUAUAUAAAAAGAUAUAUAAGAUAUUAAAGAAUAUAUGAAGAGUUUAGUAAGAAAGGCGCUGAGAGCAUUUGCAUGAAGGGUCAGUUAGUGGCGUUUGGCACCUGCAUUUCUGACGUUUUGAGACCAUGGAAGGUGGAAGACAGGGUCGGCCCUACCAUUAGGCAAGACAAGGCAGUUGGCUUCAGAUGGCAGGAUUUAAAGGGCAGUUCGUUGUGAGUUUUGCCAACGUGUCCUGCCUCUGCACAUGUGGUGGCUCUGUCCGGUGGCUUCUAUUUGCCACUAGCUCACCGCCUGAAUAAAGGAGGGUGACAGAGAGGUGGUGUCUUUGCCAGAUCUAUGCACACAGGGCUUUGCAGAGCUGGGGUUGCAUGUCCCCAAGGGUUUUGGUGGGCCUUUUCCUGUCUCCUACCUUGAAUCAGCAGACCUGUUGGAGUGCUUGCUACUUCUAAAUGUCUAGGGCAUAGAGAGAUCUUUCCCAGCAGAAGCUGACAUCUUGGCCUUACUUCACUGACUGCUGGAGUUAGGAAUGUGCACAGGCAGGCCUCACAUAAGAUCAUAAAAACGGCCCUGCUGGAUCAGUCCCAAGGCCUGUCUAGUCCAGUAUCCUGUUUCCCAUAGUGGCCCACCAGAUGCCACUGAGAAACCACAGAUUGCUGAGGGCACAGCUUCUCUCCUGCUGUAGUUCCCCUGCAACUGGGAUUCAGAGGGAUCUUGCCUCUGAGGCUGGAGGUGGCCUACAGUUACCAGACUAGUAGCCAUGGAUAGACCUUUCCUCCAUGAAUUUGCCCAAGCCCCUUUUAAAGUCAUGCAGGCUGGUGGCCAUCACCACAUCCCGUGGCAGGUAAUUCCAUAGAUUAAUUAUGCGCUGUGCAAUGUUCUCUCUAAUUUUUUUCAUCUGUGCACGGAAUGAGUUGUGUUCUGGGCGGGAGGAACAAGGCAGUGUGUGUGCAUGUGAAUUCAGAGUGGGGCUUUCCUGAUACAACCUGAGCAGGACCUAAAAUUGACUGAACGGACAUCAAAAAAUGUGUGAGUAUGCGCACGCCUUAGAGGGAACCCUGGCUCUGUGUGAAAAAGUACUUCUUUUUGUCGGUCCCAAAUUUCCCAGCCUUCAGUUUCAUGGGGUGACCACUGGUUCUAGUGAGAGAGAGAGAAAGAUUUAUCUCUGUCCACACUUUCUACUCCAUGCAUCAUUUUAUAAAUCUCUAUUGUGCCUCCCCGUAGUCGCCUCUUCUCCAAAUGAAAAAGCCCCAGAUGCCUUGCCUCAUAGGGAAGGUGCUCCCAGCCCCUGAUCAUCUGGGUUGUCCUCUGCUGCACCUUCCCCAGUUCUGCCGUGUCCUUCUUAAGAGGCAGGUGUUGGGUGCCCUUUAGGGGUACCGGGGGCAGUUGUGCAGCUAUAGCCAACAAGGCAACAUCUACAGGGAGUUGGACACAUGGAAAUGGAUAUGUGAAUCCUAUGGGGAGCAAUGUUGCGCUCAUCCCAUUUUCAACUUUCCAGCCUUGAUUUCAGUGUGGAGAGCAUCCCUGUGGGCUGCAUCCCGUGUUCCUUACAGGGAGAGGCCAAACUAGACGAGGAUGGGUGACCUGUGUUGUUAAAUACAGGUCUGCCCCAAUCUCACACCUGUGGGGACCAAGUGUAAUUUAAGGUGGAGAACGGGUUCCAGAGAUGAAGAGAGCCAAACCGCUACCACUGCCUGCCACUCUUCUCCGCCCCAGCCUGCCCCCACCCUGAAAUCCCUCUCCCCCCUUUUUGGCUCUAAGGCCAGAAGUGAGCCCAGCUCAUGGGCCGUUGGGGGAGAACAGCAGGCAGGAGAGGCGUUGGCACGCCUGGUCUCUGUGCCCCUUCCCUGCCGCACUUUAUGCACGGCUGAGGCAGGUCUGUGUUUAAAGAUGCAGAUCUGCCAGCAUCUCGUGUAGCUUGGCCCUCGGGGACCUAAGUGUCUGAGGGCCAGCCCUGCUGUCUUAGGUUGAGGAAGGACCUCGUGCCUCAGGAAACUUGAUAGGAAAUGCCAAUAAUCCAAGGUGCCCCCCCACACACAGAGGGGAGCAGGAAGGUCUGGCCUCAUGCCUUAACAGCCCUCUGACUAUUAUGGUUGCCUCAGUAGCUCGCCCUAUGGCACGUGUGAGAAUGUGGCUGGGAUACAGUGAGGGUCUUAGCAGCAUUUGUUGACACAGGCUUGUGGGUCUGUUAAAUCCCCUCCCCUCCCCAAGUGCAUAUUAUCGGACUGGGCUCCUCAUGCAAACCCCCGUGAAGUCUGGGGCCUGAGCACUGCCGUCUUGCCAUGUGGCUCGUGUGGGUCCAAAUGGAGCCCCACUGCAGACCUUAGGGAAGCGACUCCCAUCUUCUGUUGUGCUUGCGUCCAGGUACCAAGUCCACCGCAUUCUGUGCCAAGUACACACGUUGUGUGGACAACCCUAACACGUCCUUUUGGAAACGAAUCUUGAGUCCUUGACCUCUUAAACGUGGGGCAGAGAUUUGUGUGCACUGCUGUAUGUACAUGAAACAUAAUGAGCGAAUGACCAGGCAGGCCAGCCUUCUGUGGGCAUCGUACCCGGGCUGUAAACAUGCGCAGCGUCUUGUGUGACUAGCCCCGUGGUGGCUCAGUGGUGCCUGGGAUGGAGUCCUGCAGAAGGGAGGAUGUCCUAGUGGCCGGCCACGGCAGCAAUAGGACCAAAAGGAACUGGCAGAGCUUCCCACACUCCACUCAAGGCAAAGGAGUUCUGUCCCAUUCGGGAGCCAGAAACUGUACUUCAAAGGUCUAGAAAACUCUGGGUUUUAAUCCCCGAUAUGGGUGGAAACAGCAUAAAUGCAAAAAUCUGAAAAUUGGUCGCAUAUUGGAAUUGACCCUCUACAGGCUCUUUCUUUUAGAAUGUCUUUUAAAAUCUUCCUUUAAAAUUUUUGUUUUCAGGGGUGCUCUGAACCCUCAUACAUCUUGAUGAUGAGUUUAAAGGCAAUAAUGUUAAGUAUGAUCUUGCCUCUUUAAAAAAUUUCUUUUAGAUAAACCAUAACUGGGAAUGCUCGGGGGGGGGGACACAAACCUAGGAGGUUAUAAAUUAAACCUUUUGCAAGCAAAUGCAGUUGUAGAGGUUUUUCCUGCAGAUUCAUUUUGGGUUUAGUUCUGGCUAACCAGCUUUAAGGUAGUUUCCAUGUGCUACAAAAUGUGGGGCUGCACCUCCUGCCCCCCCCACCAAUGAGGGGCCUGUGAGGUUGAUGAAUUUGUGUGGUAGAUCCCACACCACUGCCGUGCCAGGGAACAUGUCCCCCCCCCCCACACGCCGCCGCCGCCAGGACAGGCAGCAAAGCCAGAUGCCGAAAGGCUGCCCACUCUGACCCAAUGCACUAUGGCGCUAAAUAGCUGAGCAUCUAGAGAGUUUCCAUAGGUGUGCUUCUCUCCUGGUUACGCGGUAGCUGCUGCCACCCCCUCAGCUCCACAAGGCUGUCUGAGGAAGACCAAAGUAGCAAGUGGGGAGAGCCUUCCUGCCUCCCAUUUGAAGUAGCAGCUUCCUCCUCGGUGGGUGGGUGAGACGGAAUGUUCAGUGCCUGGCCCUCUGUUGGUGCUAUAAAACCAUGUAGAUGAUCCCGUCCUUGAAUGUCUCUUACUGGCCCAAUGGAAACUAGCACUGCACUCCCACCCCAGACACCCGCGUACCUGCUUGUCAAGAGUUUUCUGCCAAGGGUAUGGGAAUCCAGUCCUUAAGGUGGCACCCCCUUGACAAACCCCUUGGAGACCAAUGGAGGAAACGUGAUGUUUUCUAGAGGAGCUGUGGGGUAAUCUGAAGAACGGAGGCAAGUGUGAGGAGAGGCUGUUGGUCCUUCUGGAGCCGAGAGAGGUGUGUGGUUAUCUGUGUGAGAGAGGAAGAUGUGAGAAUUGUUGUGUAGUUUGGAGUUGUGGGCUGGGGGUGGCCAGAAGUCUUGGGGUAGGAGGUGGUCACAGCCAGGUGUCCCAUGGGGAACCAUCCUCAGCCCCAACCAGACACUGGAGGGCCCUGGGCUCCCAAAACAGAAGCAACGAGGGGGGUGAAACACAAGCAAGAUAAUCACUUUUAUGAGGACCCCAGGGGGGAGACUUCUGCACUACACAGAAUGCUUCCUCCAUGAGGCGUUGGAGGAAAGAGAGGCAACGCUGCUUCUUGGGUUCAGGCCUGGAAUUCCCCUGGCUUUUUCAUGCCUUCAUUUCCAGCCCUAAGACGGAGGGAGCAGUUGGAACAGACACUUGCCCGUCUAGCCCGAUGAAGAAUUCUGUGUAAUGCAGACACUUGGACCUGGCAUUUUUGUUGGCCCAAAUAAUAAGCAACCCCUCACUUGCCUAGUGGGGGCCAACCGAGCAAAGUGGAGCAACAGCCUCUUCUCCAAGUUGGGUAUAGGCCAUUCCUCUGUCCUCUCAGUCCGUGGAUUUCCUGCUCAGAAACCGCUGAGAAUGGAAGUAAACCUUUUGCAAUUCUGUAACCCUAACAAACCUUUUGACUCGUGUGGGGCAGGGUGAAGAGGCAGCAUUUGGGCGCUUUUCCACGUGAAUAACUUCAGAUGGAUUUGAGGGGAUUGUGUCUUUGGUUGAUGAAAAAGUUAGCUCUCGGUGGUCGGCUGCAGAUCUGCCUCAUCCAAAGACAACUGGGCCCAAUUUGCAGAGACUGGGGGCAGGGGAGCUACUAACCUCGAGUUUUCAUUUUCCUUAAUUUUCAUGGUUUUUGUUUCCUUCACAGUCUUCAGCUGUUUAUAAGGCAGGUGCUUCUGCCCAUUUCUAUGAGAGUAUAAUGAACAUUAUUACCAAAUGUAAAUUUAUUUGUACAUUAUUAAUAUUUUAUUUUUAUCUGGGGAGGGGACAUGCAGAAGGUUGAAAACUCCAUAGGGAAAAACACACACACCCUGAGAUCAACACCCUCUUUUUAAAAAUAAAAUAAAGAGAAGGGGGGAAAUUCUAUUCAUUUUGACAAUGAAAUCCUGACAUUUUUUCAUUAUUAUUUUUUUAAAGACAUUCCAUUUGGGGGUGGAAAUCAGGUUUUGUUUUGUUUUGAUUUUUUGUAAUGGAUACUUUUUUUAAACAAAAAUUACCUUUCCUGUUCGUUUGUUUUUUUUCUGGGGAGGGGUUGGGGGGGAUAAACUGUGAUUCUGCAUAUUUACCCUGUAAAAUUCCUGUAUUCUUCAAUGUUAUUGUAAAGUGUUACUGAUAAAAAUGAUUAUGAACAAAGUCCAACCCAUGUACAUUUAGCACAAAGGGGAAUACAAUUGAUUCUAUACUUCGUAAA